GCGUGUGGUGUGCUUUGUCAGGUGGUCUGUUUGUGCGGUCCUGCCCGCGAGUCACAGAGUUGACCAUUUGACCUUAAGGUUUACGUUCGCUGAGUGCUGGUCCUGGGCUUCCAGUGCCAUCGAUCUGGCAUUUUCUGUUCUGUUUUCCUUAAUGCCUUGAUUGAACCUCUUAGGCUUUGUGGAGCUGCCCUGGGUUGGCCCUACAGGGCGGACCAGUGGACGUCCCUGCUCUCGAGUGUUCGCGGGGGCACACAGCUGGUGACUAGGGUCCUGGGUGCUGCCGACCUCACACCUUCCUCAGUGUAGAGUGAGCAACGGCUGAGAGCACUCGGGGAGCCAAGGCUGGGUGUGGGUGGGCAGGCCAGCAGGGGGUGGUACAGUCACCAGUGGUCUCUAGGGUCACUGUAGCCGUGGGGCUGCGCUGCCAGCAGGCUCUGAAGCCGGUGCCCACUUCCAGGUCCGCCUGCUGGAGAUGCCCCCAAAGCUGUACACCUCAUCCUCGUGGAGCGCCGUGCUGCCGCGGGUGUCUUGCUUGCCGGGGGAGCUCUCCGGGAGAUUUAGAAAGAAGUUGCAAGAACAUUACCGACGGCCCCUGCGUCAGUUCAGGCCCAGUUUGCGCUUUGCCCCCUUCACUGUGUGUGUGUGUGUGCGUGCGCGCGUGCGUGCGUGCGCGCGUGGCGGUGUGUUUCCCCCGAACCGUGUGAGUCCGCUGGAGACGCUGCAUCCCUGGACCCCCGAGAGCGUCUCUGUGUUUUCUAAGCACAGAGACACUGUCAGCAUGAUACAGGACUGUCAUCAGAACCGGGACUUUCCCAGCGAGACGGUGAGCCAACCGCCUCACGGCCCACGUUCACAUCGUGCCAGUCGUCCCAGUGACAUCCGCUGUCUGUCUCCUGGUCCGUCCUCCCCGUCAGCUGAGGGGUCCCCGUGUGCCCAUGUUCCUGGGUGUUGGGGCUUUGGGGAAGGACAGGCCGGCUGUGGUGCGGCACCUCUCGGCGGGGCUGUCUCCUGUCCUCCCAGUGAGGUUCGGGCCUGUUGUCUGGGCAGGAAUGUCACCUGUGAGGUGUGUGGUGCCUGUCAUCGUGGUGAGAGGCCCCGGAGCCGGUUGGUCCUCCUGGUCAGGAGUGCAUGCCUGCUGGAGAUGGAUGGCGGCUGGAGACGGCGGCUGUCAGUUCUGCCCGGAGAGGGGACUGUCGUCUUGCGGUAGCUCAGAAGUCGUGUGUGGAGAGACGCUUUGGGGUCUGUGCAUUUAUAUGGUCUGCUUACCGUCCCCCCAUGUGGCGAUGCUGCUCUGCUUCCCGCUUUAAACCUCACGGCGUCUUUCCUGCGUUAGUGCUCGACACCUGCCCGGCCCGCACGGGCUGUGCGAUGCUGCCCUGGGCUGCCCCAGACGCCUUUUCCGCCCCUCCCGACGGGCACUUGGCUUCUUCCGCACUUUGUGUCCCUGCAGUGGGUUUGGACCUAUGAUCCUUGCUCCGCACUGGUGACUAGUGAUGGUCGUUAAGCCCAAAGUAUGGGUCGGGGAGGGGAGCAGCUGGAGUGGAGAUCUCACCCACGGCGCUGGGAAGUCAGGUGCCUUGGGCUUUGGGGAGUCUAGUCAUCGGGUUUGAGCACGUCCCUCAGCCACUUGCUUUUCCAGCUCGGCAACACAUAGGCGUCCCUCGGGCCGUGUGGGGAGGCCAGGUCCAAGAGUGCAGGGAGGGCGGGGGUUCUGAGGACGACCACAGGUAGGGAGUGCAGGUUCAACGCUCUCUGGCCCUGUGAGUAGAGCAAGCCUGGGAGUGCUUCUGGGGUCCUCGUUCGUGUCCCAGUGGUGCUAGCUGUGCUGCGUGUGCAGAGCCCGGGAGGGGAUGCGUAUAGAAUGCAUAGGAGUGGGCCCAGCACACAGUGAACGCUGAACAGUGCUAGUCAUCUGCCCUAUUUGUUUGUGUUGGCCUGUUUACCCUUGACCUUGAUUUUCAGAGCACUGACGGACAUGGUCACUGUGUGGUCACAGCCGAGUCAAGGCGGUUUGCACGUGUUCUCUUGGUUGAGGUAUGCGGUUUCUAACAGUAGGGGCACGGAGGCAGUUGGCGAAGACAAGAUCCGCUGCUAGGAGUUGCAUUCGGGGUCAGGAGCUGAGCCCCCGUAGUCUUCUCAUGGACAUCAUCAGCGGACUAACUUGUGGACACUAAAAUCCUCUUUAAGAACAAAGUUUUUGGGGCACCUGGGUGGCUCAGUGGGUUAAAGCCACUGCCUUCGGCUCAGGUCAUGAUCCCAGGGUCCUGGGAUCGAGCCCCGCAUCGGGCUCU